UCAGUUAAUCACAACACUCGAUAGUUCAAGCCCAGCAGUUCCCAAAGAUCCCAGUAGAAUUCAAGAUGAAGUUCCUUUUCGUGGUCGCUCUUAUUGCCUUGGCCAUUCAGUUGGCUUAUUCUGCAAGUGGUACUACCACUACUACCACUGCUACCACCACUACAACAACCACUGCGGGAACAACGACAACAUCGGCGUCGGCAACCACCUCGACCACUGCCUCAUCCACCCACAAGAAGCGUUGUUGGAAGGGCAACAACUGGUGCCACACUCGCAUCCCGAAUAAGAAGUGCAAGCACCCCAAAAGGUGCCACAAAACCGUCGUGAUUGUGACCCGCAGGAAGAACUAACAUUCCAAAGGAUUUAUCUGAAAAUAAAGAUUUUAAAAUAGCUCAACAUAUUCUAGUUGUUUUUUCAUAAAGGUUUGUUCAUGCUAUUACUCAUAAAACCCAAAUCGAAAUGGAUUUUUGAACAAGAAUUUAGAUUUUUAUGAAUAAAUUGGAAAACUGAUUAAAA